GUUUGUCGUCUGACACGAGAGUAACAGAUCUCCACGUCCUCUAUAAACUGCCAUCAUGAACAUGUCCAUUCUUGCCCUGGCUGUUUUCGCAUCCGUCUUCCUUUUGGUAAACAGUUCAGUUAUACCCCACGGUGAACACUAUGGUGAACACUAUGGAAAAGCAGGUCACGAUGAAGCCCACCACGGUGUAGCUUCUGCUGAACACGUAGCAAACAACGCCUACGCUGAACACGGUGAACAUGGUGUGAAAGCCGCCUACGACGUCGGUUACCGCAACCAUGAACACGAUCACGUGGACAACUAUGGACACCAUGAACAUGACGAGGACCACGACAAACACAAGGACGACAUGUUGGAAAAAUACGGAAACUUUGUUGCUCACGCUGGCCACAAUGCAUACGGUGGUGAACACAGUGCUGUAGCUGGACACGCUGAUGUGUACGGCGCCGCAGGUGGACAUGGCGGAUUUUCCGGUCCCGGUUAUGCUGGAAAUGGAUUCGGUCACGGUGGUUUUGGUGGUCAUGGCUUCGGAGGUCUUGGUGGCCACGGCGGUUUUGGUCAUGGUGGUUUUGGUGGCCAUGGUGGUUUUGGUGGUCACGGUGGUCACGGUUUUGGUGGACAUGGUUUUGCUGGACACGGUUAUGGUGGACAUGGUGGUUUUGGUGGCUAUGGCGGAUACGGUCAUUAAAAAUAACUUUGUAAAAAUAAAUUCUCUUAUUUCUAUCACACUUUACAUCCCAAAAAGAUGAACCGUAUCGAUUUACUACCUGUUGUUGAAUAAACGGGUGUUUUCACCCAAGU